AUGUUGUUCCCCAAGGAGAUACAGGCCAUAACUAUCUCUGCCCAUGGUGGUCCAGAGGUCGUAGAGAAGAGUACUCUUCCGUUCCCCGAACAAGGCCCACAAGAUAUUGUGGUCAAGGUCGUUUGGGCCGGUGUCAACACAAUUGACACCUACUUCCGCAAAGGUUUAUAUCCUGUCAAGAAGUUUCCGCAGGUACUCGGCACAGAGGGGUCGGGCAUCAUCGUGAAACUGCCUACGGACGAGAAGGUACUUAACGAUGCCGCUUACAAGCGACGUGGCUAUAAGAUUGGUGGAAGGGUCUCCUUGAACGCGCUGGGUGCCUUUGCAGAAUACGUAUCGUAUGCAUGGACAUCCGUCUAUCCAGUCCCGGAUGAGGUCCCGCUCGACAUUGCAUCGUCAUGCGUCGCCCACGGCCUCACCGCCCUGACAACCAUGACCGAAUCGUACUACGUCAAGAAGGGCGACGUUAUUCUCGUCCACACCAUCGCAGGCGGUCUCGGCCUCGCGUUUCUAGCGUACGCCAAGUCUCGCGGCGCGACGGUCAUCGGCACGACAAGCACCCCUGAGAAGGCCGAGCUCGCAAAAUCGCUGGGCGCCGACCAUGUCAUCCUGUAUACGAAGGAGAACACGGUGCAGCGGGUCCUUGAACUCACAAACGGGGAGGGUGUGCACGCCGUGUUUGAUGGCGUCGGCAAGGACACCUUCCUCCCUAACUUUGACUUGCUCCGUCGGAAGGGUACGCUUGUCGCAAUUGGCAACGCUUCAGGCGCACCGGACCCCAUUUCUCCUCUCAAGCUCUCUGCCAAAAACAUUACUCUCAUUCGCCCCAGUGUGUUCGGAUAUAUUGUAACUCCCGAUGAGGCGGACUACUACCUCGGCGAGCUCUGGCAAGCGAUCCGUAGCGGACUAUUCAAAAUCAGAAUACACCGUGUCUUCCCCUUUACAGCUGAGGGUGUCCGCGAAGCGCAUCAGGAGAUUAAUACGCCGGGAAGUAGUCUCACUGGGAAGCUACUGAUCAAGAUUUCUGAGGAAUAGGCGACUGGAGUAUCACAUUGGGGAAUAGGAAGAUAGGACAGAUAUGCUACAUAUAUGUACAAGAGAUUUAGCCAAUGUUUGAGAGAACGGAGUACGGCAGAGAUAUGAUAUGCUGAUACUACAUACGAUUUUGUAGCUACAAGUCGAGUUUUCUUAUUGGAAUUUGUUUGGUCUUGGC